AUGGAUGCGGUAUGGUUAGGCCCAGGGAACCCGAAUAGAGUUUUUCUUCAUGACCAAAAAUCCGACCUGGCAACCGCCGCUCUUGCUUCACGGACGUUCUAUUUUGCGGUCGUGCCACGGCUUUAUGCCCACAUCAAUUUUUCGCAUGUAUCAAAUGGAUCGAGAGUAAAAUGGGUGAAAACUAUUGCACUUUGGACUCGUACAUUGAACUCGAACAAGUACCUUGCCAGCUUGGUUGAAACUUUGAAUCUGCAUGUACCCGAAUCCGAUCUACCUGUACUAUAUCGUCGUAUACUGGGUGCUCUGUUAGCUUGUGUCAACCUGCAAGAACUCGAAAUAUGGCACGCAUCUCAUAAUACGCCGGUGUCCUGGAUAUUUCCUGAGCAACCUACAUUUGCGCUGCACAAACUGGUUUCUUAUAUACCGGCGUCUACGGGGAUAGCUCGUGUCCUCGAAUCCCAACCGUCUAUUCGCACACUUCGACUCGAGACGUUUACAUUACGAUUGCCCAUUAGUCGUGGGAGUCUUCCUUACUUGACACAUUACGCUGGGCCCAGUAAAUUGAUUGUUCAAGCACGGGCACAGGGUGAUGUCUGGGAACAUCUUGUCCAUGCCGAGCUUCAAGAUGCUUAUCGACCAAUGACUGGGAUGCUAGAUGCCAUGCCCCAUUUGAAAUCACUCGAUAUUGUUGUCGCAGGAUGGACCAGGGACGCUUUCCAGGAGAUUGCAAAGAAAUGCCAGCAGCUCAGCUGCCUCACCAUACGAGACGCAAACGGACUAUUCCAUAGUUGGCAAGACGGUCGGCUCAUCCGGUUCGCAACAACACCCAGCUUCAUGGCGGGUUUAUCGGCGUUCGAGCAUCUUUCGUCCCUGACUAUCAAUGCGCCAUAUCCUUUAUAUCACGGGCGUGCUCCGGCCAGUACUGAGAAGGCCCAGCUGAUGGCGUGGCACACGCACUGCCCUACUCUGCGCCAUUUUGUUUCCCCAACAGGCCUCGAAUGGGUAUUUAUUCCCGAUUCAUCGGCGACCUCAUCGGCGGACGACGGACCAGCGGGUCAUUGGCUCGUAAUAGGAGGAGAUACCACUCUUUCUCAAAAUAGUGGUACCUUUGCCACUGAUCCUGGAAUGUUCGGCAUGCGACGAGCGGGCGACAUGAGAGAAAGAGCGAGUGAUGACAAUGUGGAUGAGUUGAUUGCAAUUAUUGAGCGGCUAAAUCGCGAGCAUAUAGCCGAUUUCACUAACAAGCUCCAGGCAUUUCAAGAGACCCGACUCACAUCGUCAGAUGGUGGUAUCUUCCUCAAUCGCCCCAUCACCAUGGUAUCUGAACAGCCAGUUUCCAACCGAAUUUGUGUCAAUUCUGUUGAAAAAGACGCCCUCAUAGAGUCUAUAACGGUCUUUCCGUCUAAUCGUGCUGAAAUAAAACGUCGGGUGAACUUGUCCUUAAAAGAGAGCAAAACCACAUCCAUAUCGGGCGACUACCAUCUGUGUAUCAAGGCUCCAUGUCAUGAUCAACUCCGCGCAACCACGACCGCCAUCAACAUUGGCCGUACGCUCGAUAUCUUGCGGAACGAGGGGACUACUGUUCAAGAACUAUCUGAGUUUUGUAGGAAUUAUGGCCGAACUCUUGACAGCAAGAGCAUCAACAUCGAGGGUGUUCAGCGCGUCUUAGAUUUACCUGGUCCCCGGCAACUUGCAGUCGUCAAAAGAAUCCAAGAGUUGCAUGUUGAAAUCACCAAAGUGCAGGAGGAACUCAACGAGGUUACUUGGAGAGCCGGGCGUGGGACGGCGAUUACCGUAACGGUCUUGGCCGAAACGGGUGACUCCGUUGAACUCCUGUUAACGUAUGUCGUUUCUGAUGCAGCUGGACUCCUCUACAUGACGUGCGCGCGUCUAUUGGGUGCGUUGGGGGCUGGACCUACAGCAUAUUCCCCUCCACCACCAAUGGUACUCCAUCAGGCUUACUUCGCAACUGCGGGAGUGCUUAAUCCUACAUUUGACAUUCCUGGACAGAGGGACAUCCGAGUGGCGGGGGAAGUCACAAAGUUGUUAUCACCGUACUCGAGCUUGAGGCCGAUUUGGAAUGGGUUUUAUUCUAUGGAUAAUAACUUUGCCUCCAAGGGUCGAAUCCAGGUAUCCCCGAACGGGUCAUUCAAGAUUCCCUCGGGCAUUGACUCUGCCCUGCAUGUAUCAUACUCGACAGCCAAGACACUCAAUCGUAAGAUUUCACAGUCAGGUUUUCCAUUUAUGGCCAAAGAAAAGCAGUCCGUCUCUGUCCAGUCCCAGACAAUCAUUAUUCGUCAUGCCCGGUCUUGCCGGUCUCUGUACGAGUUCUGGAUCAUAUCCUCCGUCAGCACAUACGCAAGUCUCGAGGUCCACGUCAUGAUUUCAAUGGAAUUGAACACCGUUGUAGGACCUACGGCAUGGUGGAACAGCGGUUUGGACGGGGAUAAAGGGGGGCAAUAUUCGUGGAAGAAUCCUCAGAAGGGUCUCAGGAUGCGAUGGGCGCCUUUGGAAGUCGACAACAGGGGGACAGGUCGAGUGGAGCUUGAGCUGCAAUAUGCCACCUUCUGGCGACGUCGAAAUCGAGCUUUCGCGGAGAGCCUCUCCGCCGGUUGA